UGCUUUGAAAGUAAGUGGUUGUCUAAGUCACUGUUGCUGCUGAAUAUCCAGGCCUCUCUGGAACAUGAAGAGGGGAAGAUCCUGCGCCUGCAGCUUGAGCUCAACCAGGUGAAGUCUGAGAUUGACAGGAAGAUAGCAGAGAAAGAUGAGGAGAUCGACCAGCUGAAGAGAAACCACCUCAGAAUUGUGGACUCCAUGCAAAGCACCCUGGACGCUGAGAUCAGGAGCAGGAAUGAAGCCCUGAGGCUGAAGAAGAAGAUGGAGGGAGACCUGAAUGAAAUGGAGAUCCAGCUCAGCCAUGCCAACCGCCAGGCUGCCGAGGCACAAAAGAACCUGAGAAACACCCAGGCUGUGCUCAAGGACACCCAGCUGCACUUGGACGAUGCUAUCAGGACCCAGGAUGACCUGAAGGAGCAGGUGGCCAUGGUGGAGCGCAGAGCAAACCUGCUGCAGGCUGAAGUGGAGGAGCUACGGGCAGCCCUGGAGCAGACGGAGCGGUCGAGGAAAUUGGCUGAGCAGGAGCUCCUGGAUGCCACUGAACGUGCGCAGCUCCUCCAUACCCAGAACACCAGCUUGAUCAACACCAAGAAGAAGCUGGAGACGGACAUUUCUCAGAUUCAGAGCGAAAUGGAGGAUACCAUCCAGGAAGCCCGCAAUGCUGAAGAGAAGGCCAAGAAGGCCAUCACAGAUGUGAGUCGGGGCUCCUUUCAUUGCUGGUGGUCAGUGUAUUCUCCCCAAAAUGAGGAGCUCUCCAAUGUCAACCUCUCCAAGUUCCGCAAGAUCCAGCACGAGCUGGAGGAAGCCGAGGAACGGGCUGACAUUGCAGAGUCCCAGGUCAACAAGCUCCGAGUGAAGAGCCGGGACAUGCACGGAAAGAAGAUAGAAGAGGAAGAGUGA